AUGGGAGAUCGAGGAGCAGACCCUCCAGCGGAACGAUCCCAUUUGCCGUCGCCUACGUUGUUUGAGGCGCGCCGCACUUUCAUCGGCGCAUGUGGCAUGGGCAUCGAUCUUGUACACGAUCCCAUCGUCCGGAUGACCGAAGUUAUAAACUCCUACUUCGUGUCGCAAGCUUUGCGUAUUGCUGCAGAAUCACGCAUCGCUGAUGUUCUGGACGGCGCCGAUCCGGAAGUAGGCAUCUCAAUCCAAGAUAUCAGUCGACAGGUUGAGGAAGGACGCGUCCUUCGCUGUCUUUGCACCAUCCACAUCUUCGCCGAGGCGAAGGUUAACUAUUAUGUGAAUAAUGCAGACAGCCAGCAUCUUGUCCGCAAUGAGCCUCUGAGAUGCUGGCUGUUGACACAGUGCAUGGAGGGAUAUAUGGCCUCGGAUAAAUUGCCAAUAGUCCUUUACGGUUCGCUCGACAAGCCUUCACCAAAAUCCGCUUUCCAGGAGGCCUAUGCCACAGAUAAAGGCUUCUGGGAAUGGCUUGAGCAGAUGGUCGAACUUCCCGUGGCCCCUCGACCGGAGCGAGAAAUAUGGAGAACCGGCAUAUGGGAGUUUGGCUCAGGGCCUGUUCAGGCCCCUGCCGUGUUUGUUGUCAAGAAGCUGCGGCAGUCUGGCAGAGGGGAACUUCCGGAAGCAUUGUCAUCAGGGCGAGCAGAACUUGUCACCCACGACUUCUUCACUGAACAACCGACGAGAGGUGCAGAUGUGUAUCUGCUGCGCCACAUACUUCACGAUUGGGAAGAUGAUGUCUGUGUCACAAUUCUGUCGCACGUUCGUAAGGCAAUGGGCCUCUACUCGCGCGUCCUGAUAGCAGAUAAUGUGAUGCAAACCACGGUGGGCCCCAGCUACCUGAAGUCAGCGCCGUCACCGCUGCCAGCGAAUUACGGAUAUGGACAUUCAUUUGCGAACAUGCACGACCUGCUCAUGUUCACAAUGUUCAAGGGAGGAGAGCGCACGUAGAGGAGUUUAGCAUACUAGCGGCGCGGUCAGGGUUACAAAUGACGAAGAUACACGAGUGUCGCGGGCUGACCUCUAUUACGGAGAUGAGGAGAGAUGAUUAUACGGAGUAGUUCCAGGAUUGUUUGAACUUGAUAUCGUUGGCUAUCGGUGUAUAUAAGCUGAUCGUAUGCAUGUCCAAAUAAAGGGCGCGGC